GUACGCAAUAGACAGGACAACAGGUAUGUACAUAUAAGGAGAUGUUAGUUAGAGGGACAACACUAGAGCUCAGACAGGUACACUCCUUAGUCUUCCCUGCGAGGGGGAUUGUAUAUUCCUCAACCUUGUCAGACGGGGAUGGGUAAUCCCCUGGUCACAACUAUGCAGUAACUGCAAGACAUUGUGUAUUCCCUUCCUGAAACCUGCAGCCCCAGUUUCAGCAAGCCUGGUCAGCAGCCAUUUCAUGUUCUUUAAUCCAGUCCACCUGGCCAACCAUUUUACCUUUACAGAACAAUCUUACAGCGUUGAUUCAGGAUUUACAUUCACAUUACCAGUAUGAUGACUAAAUUCACAUCCCUGGUGCCUUUCGUUGAAUUGGCCCACCUCGUGUUGCCUUAACAUUAGUUCAGUGUGAACGUUAGUCCCAUGUUACUGUUCAUGAGUGAUGGUGAUGCACUUGCCUUUCUCCACAGAGCCACCCUGGAGAACCAGCUUGCUGUGGUGUUAGACAAGAUGGGGGAGGCUUCAGCCAAGGCCCAGCAGCUGUCUGCGGCCAUCACCAACGCCUCCCGGAUGCAGGUCAACACGCACCGACUCUACAUCCUGAAGGACAGUGUCGCCAACCAUGGGAGAGGCGCUGCUAUUGGCUUCUUGAAAGUCGGAAACAAAAAACUCUUUGUGCUGGACGGGCAAGGUGCCCACCACGAGAUGGAGCCGCUGUGCGUGCUGGACUUCUACGUACACGUCUCGCUGCAGCGACACGGUUAUGGCAAGGAGCUGUUUGACUACAUGAUCCAGUAUGAAGGGAUACAGCCUUCCCAUCUGGCCAUCGAUCGCCCAUCCAGCAAGUUCCUCAGCUUCCUCAGGAAACAUUAUCGCCUUGCAGCCACGAUUCCUCAGGUUAACAACUUUGUGGUGUUUGAUAGUUUCUUCAGGGACAGACAGCUGCGCGGGACGAGACUGGUCCACAGAAGCAUCACAAAGAAGGUGGAGCAGGAUAUCAAACCGUACUCCAUCACCGUGCGGGAGGAGGCCCCGCAAGAACAGGAGCUUCCCUGGCCCUUCAACCAGUCUCCGUCACUGAUGCGGUCCAACAGCCUGGGCUGCGCCUCCCGCCAGCAAGAAGGUGCCCGCUACGUCAGGGGGGUGCGCCACCCGGCGCUGAACGGCACGAGGGAGCAAGACGACCCCUCUGUCCACAAGAGGAGAACCAGCUCCCUCACUCGCUGUCAGCCUUCCUUCCAAUGACAUUGCCCUCUCAUUAGCCUCUCCUGUUUCUCACCACUCUGAGUAAAGUGCAAAUCUUUAAAGUAUGACGUGGGUUUUAACAAAGCCUUUUUUUUUUUACCUUGUAUGUAAAUCAAUUGUUAAUAUUUUUUACAGUGAACUUGGGAUAGUUUUUAAAUUCUAGAAUCAAUUCUGAUUUCUUAAAAAAACGCUGUUGUUAAUCGAUUUUGCUGAACCUUUCUGUGGAAAUAUCCUACAAUCCACUGAUGUGCAGGUUUAGAAGUUGAUUGGCUUCGGUACAAUAGUAAAUUGUCCGUGUGUGUGUGUGUAGGAUAGUGCUGGUGUACAAAGUGGUCGCAGGUCGGCGCGGACUCGAUGGGCCGAAGGGCCUGUUUCCGCACUGUACCUCGAAAGUAAAGUAAGGCAGAGUCUUUGUGUUUUCCCAAAGGAGUGGAAUGAUUCUUAC